GAAAAUCAAGUGCUUAUUUACAUUUUCAGGUUUUCAAGAAAUGCUUCAUGUUGAUAAAGUGGACAGUCUCCAGACUGAAAAGGUUAAUAUUCGUGCAAGUGGGCUCGUUGAAUGGAGUUGUUAUACAUUCAUUUUGAGACUACAUUAUGACCGUGGAACCUAUGCAUCGUUUUGUGUCGCUCGAUCUGAUUCCUUGGGAUGUAUUGAUUUAUCUCGUGAUGCACCAAUUCGAGGAACUUAUACAGAAGUUGACCAAAUGGGAUUAUUUAUAUCAAUUGAACCAACUCAAAGUAUCCGUCCAGGUCAUUUUUUCAAAACUUAUGACCCAAAAACGUAUUAUUACACAUUACAGUUAUUGGAUGAUUCUAAAAAAAUCAUAGAUGAAAUUCAUCUGAAAAAACACUGGAAACAUCCAUUGGUUGAACAAAUAAAUGUAGAACAAAAUGGAUUAUAUGGUACACUAUUCAAACCACCUGGUAAAGGACCAUUCCCUGCUGUUAUAUUUAUUCCUGGAUCAAAUGGAAUGUUAGAAAGUGGAUAUGCUGCUGUAUUGGCUUCCGAAGGGUUUCUUACAUUCACUUUUGCAUAUUUUGCAUAUAAAAAGGAUUUGCCAAAAUUGAUCCCGGACGUUGACAUUGAGUUUUUUGAGAAACCUAUUGAAUAUGUACAAAAUUCACCAUAUUGCUCCGGAAAAAUUGGUUUGGUAGGACAAUCAUUUGGAGGUCUAACUGCAAAUUAUUUGUCUACAAAAUAUCAUCAAGUGUCUGCAGUUGUUGCAUUGAAUUGUUCAGCAGCAUUUUGUAGAGAUAAUGCAGUUAUGAAAGAAAAUGGAAAACCAAUGGAAACACAAAUUUUAGAUGAAGGAAUGUCGGAUUUUGUGAAUCAAGUUUUACGCCAAAAACCAGCAUUCAGAGAUUUGUAUAGCAAUUUGACACCGACAACAAGUAUUCCAUGGGCAAGAGCACCCAAGAACACAGCUUAUAGAAUUGUGCAAUGCUACGAUGACAUGCUUGUGGAUGCAGUUCCAUCGAUUAUUAAUAUUUGUGGAAACCUUAGAAAGACCGGACAUCAUGUUGAGUCUGAACUUGUUCCCGGUGGUCAUUUCCUUUAUUUUCCAUAUUUCCCCCACCACGGAAUCAUCUACAAUGCUCAAAUAAAUAUGUUAUGGGGAUUCGGUGGAGAAUGUUAUCAACAUUCAAAAUCACAAGAAACGACCUGGAAAAAGAACGUUGAAUUCUUCAAGAAGCAUCUUGGUGACGUAAAGAGAAUUCCAGAAUGGAAAAGAGAAAGUACAGUAACCCUCCCAGUGUCUACGAAAAGUUCGAAAUCGUUGCAAUGCAAACUUUAAUUAUUACUAGGAUAUUUUCUGAAUAAAGUUGUUUGUAUUUUUC